CUUUUCUCGGUUCCAUUCUCGAACCUUUAAAAGCCGUACUACCAAAUCGACAGCGCAGAGCAAUAAAACGCAGCGAGUACCGCUCUCUCCUUCUCUCUCUCUCUCUCUCUCUCUCGGUGGAGGGGUUUAAAAAUGGCGUUUAGGUUCGCGACGGCGGCCGCAAUGCCGAAGCCCUGUUUAUCGAUAAGAGCGAAUCAAUCAAGCUCCCUCGACGUCUCUGAUCUCGCCGACGAUCAUGUCUCUCGUUCGAAGAAGAAUUUCGUCUUCAUCAUCAACCCCAAGGGUGCUAAUGGCCGGACAGGCAAGGAAUGGAAGAAGCUGCUGCCCCAUCUACGCACUCGGCUCGGUGGGCACUGCAACAUAUGUGAGUAUAUUACUUCGGCUCCUUCUCAUGGUGUGGACAUAACAAGGGAGGCAAUAAGGGAGGGGGCGGAUGCUGUAAUUGCUGUUGGAGGUGAUGGUACACUUCAUGAGGUCAUCAAUGGCUUCUUUUGUGUGGGGCAACCAGUGACAGCUCUUGAACGGGGCCCUGGAUAUUCAACGACACUUGGUCUCAUUCCUCUUGGAACUGGCUCAGAUUUUGCUAGGACAUUUCACUGGAGAAAUGACCCCCACGAAGCGAUAGAAAGGAUUAAAAGAGGUGGUUCUGCUUACCCUACUUCCUUCAAGCUUCAUCUAGGGUUUAAAUCAAAAAUAGAUGUCGGCAUUAUUACUGCACAUACGGGAGAACAACAUUUCUUUAUUAAUGUUGCUGAUAUUCACUUGAGUGCAAAGGCAGGUUAUUAUGCUUCCAAGUACAAAGGAUUUGGAAAUUUAUGUUAUGUUUUUGGAGCUUUAAGGGCUUUUAUUGGGCAUGAAAAUAGGAAUCUGAAAGUCAAGAUAAAUGGUGGAGACUGGGAAGUAUUUCAUAAAGUCACUGCUAUUUGUAUAGGAAAUGGCAAAUAUUUUGGUGGUGGCAUGAAGAUAACCCCAACAGCUGAUCCAUCUAAUGGAAAAUUGGAGGUUGUGAUUCUUCAAGACUUCAAGUGGUAUGACUUUGUACUUAAGUUGCACAAAUUAUACAGUGGGUCUCAUCUAUCAGAGAAAAAUGUAUGUUUGAGAAGCGUGAAGUCAAUUGAAGUUGUUGAGGAGAUGUCCAAAGGUGAUAUCUAUGUUCAAUCUGACGGUGAACAUUUAGGAUUUCUUCCAGCACAUUGUUCUAUUCUACCAGCUGCAAUCAAUUUCUUCUGCUGAUACAAAUAUUUGCAACUGGCUGUUCUCCAAUUCGACCAUCAUGGCCUUCACUUGCGGCUAGACUAGUUUAUGGAAGCUUGCAACUCGUAUGCUGUGGAAGUAGCUCUUCGUAUUGUACUGCACAUCUCAUUUUCACAUAAUUUCCCUUGUCGGAGGACUUGUGAAGUUAUUAACGAGCAGCUCACGACAAGUCCGAGAGAUUAAAUAUCUAGUAAUUGAAGAAGUUGAAAUCAAUUAUCCAGAAAAGUUGUGACAAGAUCAAACACAUAUCUUGAUGGUUUCGUGUGGCUGCUGAAGAUUUACAUAGGAUUCCAAGGAAAUGUCACCAUGCAAGUAAAAAUUUAGCUUUUCUGCGGCAACUUACUUUUACCCGUUGUAGUUAUAGUAUUGUCAGGUUAAUGAUCUUGAUAGAUCGUGUAUAAUGUGUAUGGUUUAUUGCUUUGGUAUUCAAAAUACAAAUAAUACUUAAUCAUUUUGCUGUAAAAGUGAGGUAAUGUUUAGAACCAUGAUAAGAAUUGUCAUAUUUACUUUCCAUAUUCUAA